GCGGGGGCAGUGGGGAAAGUGGCGGGCCGGCGAGGCUUUCGGCGAGUUAAAGGCUGGGAUAAGGAAACGAGGAAGUGGGCAGGCGGGGGACACUAGAAAACUAAACUUUCUGGUGGGAAAGUCUAGACUUCUCUUUGCUUUGGCUCUGCCUGUUUUACUUUGACUCUCUCGGUCCUCGGGGGUGACUGACAGUCAAUUGCUUGCUCAAGUAUCCUUUAGGUACAAAGUAACAACUUUAAUUGGCGUUAGCUACGCUAGAUUCUUUCCCAGUGUUGGUCUUCCUAGGUUAUGGAUCAUGCUAAAGGGACACCAGCGCUGUCACCGCAGAGUGGCUGGCGAGGGCACGGAGCUGCUAUUUAGGAUACCUGUCUAAUGAAAGCACGUCCAUCAGAAUUGGAUUGGUUCCUCUGUGCCUUUAUUUUGGGAAACUUUACCUGGUCCCCAUGGGGGGAAGGGAGAGGAAUGUGAGAAGCUGAAAUUGACCCAGAAAAAGGAUGCCUGAAAGUCGAUGUGUUGAGUAGUGGCGCAAAAAUGAUCCCACCCCGAUUGCUCUGGAAAGAUGAUUAGUGAUUAGCGGCCCAGGUUUUAGCCUUUUCAAAAGAAACCGAGCGGAUGUUACACCUUGCCACAGUGGAUGUUACACCUUGCCACAAGAUGGGAGGGGGAACCUUCGAGGAGGCCAACGCAAAGCAAGAUAUUGAAUACCUGAAGGGUUUCCACCAUAGACCACACGGCUGGUCGUCUCCCCCCUUCUUUCUCCCCACCCACGCGCAUUUCCAGCCUCUCGCCCAUACAGCUGAGGUGGGGUGAAUACUGACAGGGAAAGUUCUUGAACCCAGAGACGUUCCUUUGGAGGAAGGGGGAGAUGGACACCCUAGACAGAGAGUACAGAUGCUUAGACCUGUUCUGCCCCCAGAGAGAACUCCGAAGAUGGGGAUAGGGGUGGAUUUUUCCAAAAUAAAGUUCAGGCUCUAAUGAGUUAAAAAAAAAAAAGUCAUAUUGUGAUCAUUAAACAUGGAAAUCAAAUUUCCCUUGUUAUAAAAGGCAUUCAAACAGUGAGACUGUAGUAAAACGAAGUAACUUUCUAAUUCUCAAAUAUGGAACAGCUUGAAUAAUAACUCAUGGGUUUUGAAAUGGGUCAUCUUUAAAAAUGGGUCACUUUGGCUGGAAUCAUUGCACUUGGUGACUUUCAAAUUGUAAAGGAUUGAGUUCUUCCAGAGGCCCACUUGCAUUAGAAUUUGUAUUUCAGAACACAGAGUUCCAGAAAACAGUGAAAUUCAGCAGGAAAUGGUCUCUUCUCAAAGUAACAAAAUAUACCCUAUUUUAUGUAUGGUUGUUGAAUGGACAUGAAAUUAUUGAAAGGACUCUACCAUUUGUUAAUUUAUAUGGAGAGAGGAUAUAAGGGCUUUUAUAUUUCAAGAUAAAAAACUUGAUCAGGUGAGUUGUGAACUUAAAUUCAAGUGACUUUUUACAUUCUGAUGCUAUGAAUUCAGAGACUGGCUUUGAUCGGUAUUAUUCAGCUUUAUCUUCCACUGUGAAGACUUUAAUACUAGAAGCAGACAGGCAACUACAGAAGAGAAUCUUCUACCAACUCUGCAGGCAACAAACCCCCAAGGUCAAGUUCACCACUUUGUCAUACAGCCUAAGGUUCAUCUAAGAGUUCAUAUUUUUCUCUUUUCCUUCACUGCUACAGCUCUUCCUACAACUUUCUGACAGCACACAAAGCAAACUUAGCUAAAACACUGACUCUAUUAGAUUUUUUUCUCCACAGUUUACAGAGCUUUAUGGUCUUGUGUCUGUGUCACUGUCACUGAAAGCUAUUUUAAGUGCAUAGUGUUCUUUCCUGUCAAAGAUAAUGGAAGACCAUUCUCAGUGGAUUAAGAAUGAUACUUCUCAGUCUCAAUGGUAUUUUGGGAUGUGAUAAGUGGCCCUUAACCAUCAAGUGAGUAUUUUAAUAAACUCUUACCUAAUAUAUUGUGAGAAGCCUCAUAAUGAGUAUAGCUCAGCAUUUUGAUAGCUGAAAAAUACUAGCUAGCCUCUAACUAACCCAUGAUGGCAAAGAUACAUGAAUGCCUUUUAGAGAAAGGAAAUUAUACUUUGUUAGUAAGUCAUCGCAACUGAUUCCCCGCAAACACUGCAACACGGUUUAAAGGUAAGUCAAAUGCAUUUUCCAGUACAGGAGAGAGGCAGGCUAUAGACCUACUUUUACUUGUUUUUCAUCCUAAAACUCUCGACUUUUCCCUCUGUCCAUUAGGUCCCGAUUCCAGGUUGCAGUGGAACACUUACCGACCCUCCACCGGGUAUCUACACCUGAAACACCCCCAAAGGCUCCCCAGCAUCCUGCCAUUGGCCUUCUGCAUGGUCACAAGCUAUUGGUUCAUGCAGCAAUUUUAGAGAGUAUAGGUGUCCAGCAUUAAGAAAGAAGAAGAAGCACAGAGCGUGCACUGCCUAUAGCAAGGAGGCAGGAGGUGAAGGGAUCAGGCUCCAGUGACAGGCUGCUGAAGGGACCAGGAGAAGGAAUGGAGCCAGGACUGGGACAAGGGUGGUGACCGCCACCCGGAGCAGCGGUGUCUUUGGUCCCAGCUCAUGCUCAAAGGAAGCAGCACAUGAGCCAGCUGCGUGGGGCCAUGCACCAGACCUAACAAAGGAUGCCGCUGUGGAGGGAUUUUGAUGUGCAGCGUCCUCACCCUAUAGCAUGUUUCAUUCUUUCGCAACCCUAGAAAAAAUGGUAUCCAAAGCAAAUACUGUGUGAAAAAGGAAGAUCCUUCUCCAUCUUCAUGAUCAGCAUGCAUUAAGAUGAAUAUCUAUUCUACAAAAUACAAAGUUCUCUGUUCUCCAAGAAGCAAGCACCUGUUUCAGACUCAUCCUAAAUAAAUUAGAAAAAAAACAACAAACAACAGACCUGAAUGGACAUGAGAAUGUUUGUUAGUGGCAGAAGAGUAAAAAAAUGUCAGUUCAUUCAGUUAUUUGCCACUUGUUUUAUUCUCAGCGUCAUGAUUUUUUGGGGACCUAUUGAUAAUCACAUUGUGAGCCAUAUGAAGUCCUACUCAUACAGAUACCUCAUCAAUAGAUAUGACUUUGUGAAUGAUACCCUGUCUGUGAAGCACAGCUUGGAAGGGUCUCGCUACCCAUACUUGAUUAACCACCAGGAGAAGUGUGAAGCUCAAGAUGUCCUUCUUCUACUGUUUGUAAAGACUGCCCCCGAGAACUACGACCGGCGCUCUGCAAUUAGAAGAACGUGGGGCAACGAAAAGUACGUUCGGUCUCAGCUUCACGCCAACAUCAAAACUCUGUUUGCUUUAGGAGCUCCUAACCCACUGAAGGGAGAAGAACUGCAGAGGAAACUGGUUUGGGAAGAUCAGAUGUAUGGCGAUAUCAUUCAGCAAGACUUUGUUGAUUCUUUCUACAAUCUUACUCUUAAAUUACUUCUGCAGUUCAGCUGGGCAAACACCUUUUGUCCACACGCCAAAUUCUUGAUGACUGCUGACGAUGACAUAUUUAUUCACAUGCCAAAUCUCGUUGAAUACCUUCAAAGUUUAGAACAAAUGGGUGUUCAAGACUUUUGGAUUGGUCGUGUUCACCGUGGUGCCCCUCCCGUUAGAGACAAAAGCAGCAAGUACUACGUCUCCUACGAAAUGUACCAGUGGCCUGCCUACCCCGAUUACACGGCCGGCGCUGCCUAUGUCAUCUCCAGUGACGUAGCGGCCAAGGUCUACGAGGCAUCACAGACGCUGAAUUCUAGCCUGUACAUCGACGAUGUGUUCAUGGGCCUCUGUGCCAAUAAAAUGGGGAUCGUACCACAGUACCAUGUGUUUUUUUCUGGGGAAGGUAAAGCUCCUUAUCAUCCCUGCAUCUAUGAAAAAAUGAUGACAUCUCACGGGCAUGUCCAAGAUCUGUAUGACCUUUGGAGGGAUGCCACAGAUCCUAAAGUCAAAAAUGUUUCAAGAGGAUUUUUCGGUCAAAUAUACUGCAGGUUAAAGAAGAUAGCUCUCCUUUGCAAACUGACCUAUGUGGACACGUAUCCCUGCAGGGCUGCAUUUGUCUGACAGUACUUGAAUGUGUGUUUUCACUGUCACUGAGCCAAACCUGGAUGGAAAACCUUUAGCCGUCUGUGCCCCAUAGUAAGUGACUAUGAAAGGCAAAGAAGUAUUUUGAAAGCCUCGUCUAUCAGGGUAUUUCUUUGAUUGUAGAAGCGGUUGAUAUACCUUCUUUACUUCCUGACCUAGCUACAUUUGAAGGAAUUCACAUUUAGAAAUGGUUCAUAUUACGAAUGAAAACAAAACUAAUGUAAAAUUCACUUUCUCAUUCGAUGCCACUUGGAUGUUUGCAGUACAGAGAGUUAUUAAGAAGCCUCGAUGUUAAGUAACAGCUUUUGGAAAUAUCAAGUGAAUGUGCAGUAUGGCAUUUCCAAGAAAUUAAUAUAUUAUUAGACCAGGUAUUCCUGUUCAUUUUUACUAAACAGCACUUGAUGGUGGGGCAGGAAAGGGUUGGCAUAGGAGAAAUAUAUCAAUCUGCUAAAAGGUAAUCUCCUGUCUUAAGAAGAGAUAUAGAAAAAUGUCUGCAAUUUCAUUACAAACAACGGAGUCACUUAAUGGUCACUUCCAUGUAGCUAUUUACUAGAUAGUGUUAGCAUCAUUUAAAAUGCAUUUAUAUCCUUCUUUCAAAGUUUAAUGUGAAAUUUGAGAAGUCAUUAGCUCUGCCCUAACUGGUACUUCGUGUGGUGUGUUUUCCCCCUAAUAUUAGAAAAUGACAUAAAGCAUAGGCAAUUUGUUGCCAAUAGGGUCCUUCUCUAGGGAGAAAUUAUUAAUUUCGGUAAGCUCUUUUUAACUUCAUGAAUUUUUCAGCUGGUUUUUAUGGAUUGAGUAUUGGUCUGUGUUUAAGGUAGUUAUUUAAAUGUUUGCAGAGGGGAAUAGAAUAAGGGAAGAGACUUCAGAAGGAAAGGUAGAGCAUUGAAGGUCUCUUUCCUCUGUAAUUUAUGAAAUACAAUCUUAGCAUCUAAGUCAUUACAUCAGGGGCUGGGGAUUUAGCUCAGCGGCAAAAGCGCCUGCCUGGCAAGCGCAAGGUCGUGAGUUCGGUUCCCGGUACCGGAGAAAAACAAAAAACAAAAAACAAACAAAAAAAAAAAAUCAUUACAUCAAUUACUAAAAUUAACCCAUCUCUUCUCAACAUAGUCUCAUAAACUACGCACUUUGUUCUAAGUUCAGUUUUAAAUUAAGAAUCUUGAACAUCACGUCGGACUGAUAUCAUCUAAAAUAAUCGAUCCUUUGAUCAAAUGACUGUCCAAGUUGAUCUUUAUCCUUUAAAUAGUUCACACUUAAAAGCAGAAUAGAAGUGCCGGAGAAGUUGCCAGGGUGAGAUCGAAAACAUCUUAUUUGUAAAGCUGCGUGUUCUUUAUUAGAUGUGGCCGACAGCUAAUACAUUAAGUUACAUUUAUUUUACAAAGUAGGAGAAGAAGGUGGCCAGGAUGCAAACAACUUCCACUCCCUGCUACAGAAAGAAUCAGGUGAGGUGGUUUGCUAGGGACAUUCUAUAAAGGCCAAAAGCUGUUUUUGACUUCAGCAAAAACAGCUGAACUGAUUAUAAAGCCUUUGGCUCAGAAACACGUGUUCUGGCCAACUCAGAUGUCUCAUUUAAUAAGAUGACAUCAGACGCAGGCAAAACACAGCUAAAAAGGAUUUCUCGGUAUACACAACUGGAUGAUGAUAUAAUUCUUAGGUAGACUUUCAAUGUUUACAACGACUUUUUUGUUAUUUUUUUUCUAUUUUGAAAUUGGAAGCUUGUUUACAUCGCUUAGAUAAUUUAGUAUUUUUAACUCAUGUCAAGACUACAAUGUCAAACAUCCUAGGUUGUAGUUACUGUAGCUCAGAGAAGAUUCCGAGUUGUAGAUCUUCAUAGUUUAAAAUUUCUGACCAACCUUAGCAACUGCAGAAAAUGAAAGCACAUUUUGACAAAGCAGCUUGACAGUUAAUUUGAUUAGUUGAUUCUUUAAUAAGUAUUUGUCUUUGGCCCAUAGAUACCCUAUGUAGCGAUACUGGGGACUGUUACAAUUUGCCAUGCAUUGAAAACAUCAGUAUCUCUCUGACCAUUGAAGUGAUCUUGUUUACAGCAAAACUUUUGUGGAACAGUAAUUUAUUUGUUGAAAGAACUCUCUUGAAAUCUUUUAUUUUUGCUUAGAAUAGAGUGGAACAAGUUUAAAUUGGAAGGAAAUAUGAAGGCGCUUCCAUUUUUUGUAAGAAGGAAGUUGCUUGAUAAUUCCUUUAUCAGACUUCAAGUACUGAGAGGAGUGUUUGUAAAUAGAAGCGUUCUAACCUUUUUAAAAGGAAGGAAAAACUUUUUGGUGCUCCGACGCAGGAUUAUCUUUUU